AGCUGACGAUGACCUACGACGGAGAGAGAGAGAGAUAGAGGUGAAAAAUUGUACAGCAAAAGAAGGGAAUGGAGAGACAGAGAGGUUUGUAUUUGCUGAUGCUGAUCAUAAUCAUAGGCAGAGCAGAAGGGCAAUUAGAGGAGAAUUUCUACAGUUCAAGUUGUCCAAACGUGGAAAGCAUUGUGCAGCAGGCUGUGUCAACCAAGUUUACCCAGACCUUCGUCACAAUUCCGGCAACUCUUCGUCUCUUUUUCCAUGACUGCUUCAUUGAGGGAUGUGAUGCCUCAAUUAUGAUAGCAUCACCAAACGGGGAUGCAGAAAAGGAUGCUCCAGACAAUGUUUCCCUCGCUGGAGAUGGUUUUGACACUGUUGUCAAGGCAAAACAAGCAGUAGAGGCUCAAUGCCCCGGGAUAGUAUCUUGUGCAGACAUUAUGGCUAUCGCUGCCAGAGACGUAGUAGUCCUGGCUGGAGGCCCGUCAUUCAGCGUAGAACUGGGACGCCGUGAUGGACUCAUCUCUCAGGCUUCUCUGGUUGCCGGAAAUCUGCCAGAACCCUUUUUUAAUCUCAGUCAACUUAACACCAUGUUCGCCAAGCAUAAUCUAACCCAGCUGGACAUGAUUGCACUGUCCGGGGCUCACACUGUUGGCUUUUCCCACUGCAACCGCUUUGCUAACCGCCUCUACUCAUUCUCGCCGGCCAAUCCUGUGGACCCUUCUCUGGAUCCAAAUUAUGCUCAGCAGUUGAUGCAAGCCUGCCCUCAAAAUGUAGAUCCCAGCAUCGCUGUAAACAUGGAUCCUGUCACACCACGAAUUUUCGACAAUGUGUAUUACCAGAAUCUGGUAAAUCGGAAGGGUAUGUUCACUUCAGAUGAGGUGCUUUUCACUGACGCAGCAUCUCAGCCUACUGUUAACGAUUUCGCUAACAACCCAGGUGACUUCAAUGGAGCCUUCAUCACUGCAAUGAGGAAGCUUGGCAGGGUGGGGGUUAAAACUGGGAACCAAGGACAGAUAAGGAUAGAUUGCACAGCCUUCAAUUCAUGAAGUCAAAGAUUACAAUAGCAUUUGAGCACCAGAGAAAGAUCUUACGAAAUAAUGUAAAGGAAUUUCUCACAAGCAUCCAUUUUGUAGAGAUAAUUUGUUAUCUGGUGUUUGCCUGUCCACUGUCUCUAACGCCACAAUUUGGAAAUCAUUUUGUUCCCGAAAAGAAAUUCAAAAUGGGUGUAAUAAGACAUAAUUUCUUUAAGUGUAUUGUGUAUUUUAGAUGCGCAUCAACUUCAAACUGGGAGUAUUUGAGAAUCUUUAGCCCCCACAUAAUAAAAAGGGAUUGUUUUCAUUUGGCUCUUUGCACGCACCUGUCUGAUUGUGAAAGUUCUGCAAUGCUUCCUACGAAUUCAUAUCACCUAUGAUUACCAGUGUGCAUUUGUUCUCUUCCUGUACAUAGUCUGUAUCCAGCACACAGUGCACAUGGUAAACCCGUAGGUACUCGUAUUUUGGGAAAACCCCAAUGGUUUUGGGCCUUUUGGC